CUGAAUGCUUAGGCGCCGCCUGAUUGAUACAUGUUGACCUGAGAAUCGAAGGCUCCAAGCGCGCUUAAAAACCUCGCUCUACACGAGGCCCCUCUUGUCUUGAACUCUCACCUCCUCCUCCUCUUACCCACCUACCAAUGCCCAAACUACGCCCUUACUUCAUUAUCGGUGGUGUAAUCAUCGGUAUCGCCUUGACGCCUAUCAUCUUCCCCCCCUCCUUGGGACUCUUGGGCUUCGGUGCAGCAGGGCCUGUCGCUGGUGGACUCGCAGCGGCUGUCCAAAGCGGUAUGGGUGCCGGUGUCGCUGCUGGGAGCCUCUUUGCCCUCCUACAGUCUAUAGCGAUGGGAGGUGCUAUCCCAGCCGUCGUGUACAUAAUCCCAGGGGUGAUCGGUGGAAUCGCUGGGUGGCUCGUGGGUUGGCUCGUAGAUUGGAUUGUGGAUUGGUUCAAACAAAGGAAGACCCAGGUUAAAGUGGUUCAUGUAAAGAUGUAGGAUAUCGUCAUCAUGCUUUUCGUUUAGCGUUUCGUCAGGAAGAUCUAUGCAUUUAUGCUUGUACAAUUCAAAAACACGCGUUAAUUUCAGACUUGCACGUUUUCUUGAUUCAGUCAUCAAUACAUGUUAAAAUGAAAGGAAAAAGUGCAUCUCUAUAGACUUAG